AUGGCUCCAACAGAGGAUCAGGUGAAUAUGAGCAGAGGGUCAGGGGAAUAUGAGGGAGCGUCGAAUAGAAAUCAGGUCGCUGUGAAGAUUUCUCCAGGGCAGGGAUAACCCCGACAUACUGUGCUUGGCCCGGCUGCCUCUUCAGCCCGGGCUCUUUAGACGAAGAGCCCCGGGGACAGACACAAAUGUGAGUAACACAGAGGAUGGAGGCACACUUGAGGUCACCACCUUGGAGCUGCAGCGAAACGAGGAACCGCGGAUGCACAGCGACUCCUUGGGCCUGAAAUUCAAAGUGAGAAAGAGGAGGAGUAAUGAGACCAUCCUGGCCGGGUCCUCCU